GCACUCCAGACGAAGCGCCCCCACCUCCCCAGCUCUUUCCACCAGAAGUGUGGCCAAUUCCUGGUCUGCAUUAGUGCUUUCAGCUGCUGGGCCAUGAUGUGAGGCUGAAGUGUCCUCUGUUCAUCUUGAAACUGAUGUUUCUAGUCAUCCAAGGUAAAGACCGUGGUGACGGUCUGAGUGAUGUUGAAAAUAGAUCAUAAGUUAUGAGUCUAACUAUGGAUCUAUGAGACCAAACAAUGACCGUCACCAUCUCUUAGAGCAGGCUGAGGCUUUCGGGCCAGGGGAGGAGGCAGGCUCACCGGGGAGCUUUAUGGACAGCGAGCCAAGGCUCCAGAGGUCAGUCACAAGACAUUGUUCAUAUAUGUUCUUGAUGAUAGAGCGAUGAGGACACCAUUCAACGCAAAGACCAGGAUGAAUGUCAUAGUUCGGUCUCCUAGAUCCAUAGUUAGUCAUAAUUUACGUUAUACGGUGUGGGUUUGAUUUAUUAGUGUGGCACACACGCUGAGGUUUCUUCUAAUCUGUGGCUCCAGCAGAAAUGCAUUUUGGAUGAUGGGUGGCCACCAUGUUGAUUUUGUAGACUGUUCCCUGGUGCCAUUUGCCACGGACGCAGAUGAUUCCUUUUGUGGACGAUGGACAUGCGAUUGUACUGGUCAAAAUGGUGGGAAAUGCAUGUAUUGGCACCAUGUAAAUGGCAAAGCAUGAACUGCUUGACUGGUUAUGUAAGAUUAGGCAUAUAUUCUAAAUACUAGCUAUAUAUUUUGCAUAGACAUUUUAUUGAAGGUUACCUUUUAUCUCUCUAUGGGGUGGCCAGGCCAUGCUCUGGGACCUGAAUGAGGGAAAGCACCUGUACACCCUGGACAGUGGUUCAGCCCCAACCGUUACUGGCUGUGCCACUGGCCCAAGCAUCAAGAUCUGGGUAAAAGACUAUCCUGAAUAUGUUAUGACCAGAGUUGAAGGUUGAAUUGUGGUGAUGAAACUUUCAUGCCAACUGUAUUCUUUGAUCUUAGAGAGGCUGUUUCUGAGCCCUGUCAAGGAGGGGGGCUUACCACAUGAAAGGAACAUAGGAAAAUAAGAAUGUAGGGUAGGAGACAUUAGGAACAGGGGAAAGUUUGAAGUCUGAAGUCGUUCCCCACCUCUUCCCCAUUUUAGUUGAUCAGUAACUAACUUUACCAGCUUAGUGAACACAUUUUUAAUAUGGAACAGAACUCAUAUCCUCGCAUUUACGUAGAGAGAACCCUGGCUCUCAUUAAACCAGACGCCAUCCACAGAAGUGAGGAGAUCGAAGACGUUAUCCUCAAAUCGGGAUUCUCUGUGUUGCAGAAGCGGAAGCUGCAGCUAAGUCCAGAGCAAUGCAGCGACUUCUACGUAGACCAUUUUGGGAAGUUCUUCUUUCCCAACUUGUCUGCCUUCAUGAGCUCUGGCCCCAUCAUCGCCCUGACGCUGGCCCGCAGAAAUGCUGUUGCCUACUGGAGGAUUCUCAUGGGGCCUCUCAACAGCCCCAAGGCUCGAGAAACUCACCCAGAAAGCCUUAGAGCAAAGUAUGGCACUUGUGACCUGAAGAACGCACUCCACGGCAGUGAGUCAUUUUAUGCAGCUGAGAGGGAGAUCAAAUUCAUGUUCCCAAACUCUGUUAUUGAGCCCUUUCCUUCAAGAGAAGAAACCGAAGAAUACCUGAGCAAGCAUGUGAACCCAACUCUGGUUCGAGGGCUCACUCAGCUCUGCAAGCACAAGCCACUCAACCCCUGUGUUUGGCUAGCUGACUGGCUGAUCAAAAACUGUCCCAACAGGCCUCAAAUAUGUGAUGGAGCAGCUGUGGAAGACAGGAAGAAAUGGAAGAACACAUAAAAUCAGAUUGUAUACAUUCUAACAAACGCCUUCAGUCUUUCGCUAAAGAAAUACAAAUAAAAUGUAUUAUGAGCUUAAAGAAACUGUUUUAUGAAAAAAAAAAUAUAUAAGGAGUUUGAAUUGACGCAUAAUGAGAAUUAAAAUUCAGUAGAUUUACAUAAAUGGUCAAAAUUCUUUCAAUAAAUGACAAAUCGUCCGUUUUUCCACCA